AUGGAAAACGCCAUCAAGCCGUCUAAGAGGGCGCUGGCCAACCUCGAGUCGGAGUCACCCGCCGACUUGGAAGACAAGAUGUCCCAUCUUCCCUCUUACGAUCCGAAGACAUGCCCUGACGGUCUCAUAGACCUGUCUGGUGCCACAAACAUGCUCGUCGGAGACUUGAUGGGGAAGCAUAUGGGCAAGUUUGUGCAAGGCUAUACUGUCGAAAAUGGUUUGCCAAUCCUGCAACUCGGACACAACUCCACAUGUGUAGAUGUUAACCAACUCUCGCUAGCUCUUCUAUACGGGCCGGUGAACGGCCCCAAGGAACUCUCGCAGGCUGUCGCCCAGUUCAUCAACCGCCGCUUUGCACCGGCCACGGCCGUCCAGGCAGGGGAUACUCUAACGACCAACGGCGUCCCCGCGCUCGUCGACAUGAUAUCGUUCAACUUUUGUGAGCCGGGCGAAGCCGUCAUGGUUCUUACCUCGACUUACCUCGUGUUUCCCCAUGACCUCUGCGCUCGCACUGGAGUCCAAAUGAUUCCCGUGUCGACAGACAGUAUCCCUGAUCAAUACAGCCCCAAAUCGAGAGACAACGACUCGGUCGAUUUCCAACGAAUCCAGCAAGCAUGGCAAGCCGUUGUACGGCGCCAUAGCUUACUGCGUGCCGUGUUUGUAUGUAGAUCUCCAGAAGAAGGCGGAUCAUACCAGAUCGUUCUCAAGGAUCCAGUUCCAAGUAUUUCCCUCUUUCAGCAAGAACUCAAACACUCGGCAACAAGCAAACAACUGACGGGCGCCUCAUUCUCUGAUUCCGGCCUACAACACCACCUGUCGGUCCAUCAGACGGACGCGACGCGCGCCCAUCUCCGUUUUCAGUUCAACCACGCCCUUGCAGAUGGCCAUUCUUUCGACACCCUUGUCCGAGACUUCCAGCUUGCGUAUGACAAUCGCCUUGAAGCUCAUUGUCCACCGUAUUCAAGAUUUCUCCAGUAUGUCAUGACACAGUCUCACGAACAUGAACAGAGUCGCCACCACUGGGCGAAUUAUAUGGAUGGCAUUGAACCUUGCUUCCUGCCUGCCUCGACACAGCCCGCAAUCGACUCGCGGGGCACUUUCAGCAUCGAUGUUCCUGGCCUAGACGCGGAGAAAAUCACAAAAUCCUGUGCAGAGCGACAAGUCUCCCUAGCAAACAUCCUACAAGUUGCUUGGGCCCUUGUGCUGAGGCGCUGGACGGGAUCGCGAGCUCCCUGCUUCGGUAACAUUGUCUCGGCGCGAGAUGUUCCAGUCGAUGGAGUUGACGAGAUGAUGGGCCCUCUAUCCUAUCUAAUGCCAAGUCAAGUUCAGCUAGAUGACGACUGCGUUAUUUUGAACGUUUUGAAGAACGCUCAUGAAGAGUUUAUACAAACCUCGAAGCAUCAGGCCUACUCAAUGACCCAACUUUGGCGGCAUCUGGGAGCCCGUGGCUCUGAUAAAAUGUUCAACACAGCUCUGUCUAUUGCUAGACAUACAAGCGUGCCCCAAGAGACUUGUGACGGGCAUAUAUUCGAAGUACGAGAGACGCUGUCGACCCAGUAG